CCAUUCUCAGGCUAAUUCUGGUUUAACUUUAAAAUUUAUCUAAGAUGGCAUCGCCUCGUCUAGUUCUGCCCACGACUGGGAUGAGGCUUUUCUGGCGCUCCUGUGCAACAGUUACGGGGUUGCUGAGUGGCGACUCGUCCUCUAUCAUGCGACAAGUUGCAGCCCGCGCGAUGGCGCCGUUGCUUUCCUCGUCUAGAAGUGGCAGCAAGAAGAUGCUCCUAAAAAGCGGGCAAGAAGAUGCUUCUACGCCAGCUAGUAUGUCGACGACGACCAACAUGCGCGGCGCUGCUCAGGCACAACCAACGGCCGAGCAAGCCGAGGUGCCGUCUUCAGCCGCACAAAUCGUGAAGAUGACCACCGGUAGCUCGGCGACCUCGAUCUCGAAUGAAGCAGCUGGGGAACACGAUCAAGAGGAUCCGGCGCAAAGUGGCUACAACUACCCCGUUGGCACUGCGGUUGGGUCCUCCGGCUUGUCGUUCCGGGAUCAGGACGUCGACUCGAUCGACCUCGUGGAGUUCUCUGCUUUCACCCAGAUCAGCAACCUCCAGAAACCGAAGGCGUUGCUUGCGAAAAGCAAUCGCAAAACAAGCGCCGACCUGGAGAACAAGUCCACGACGAGCCCCCAGCAGGUGUCUCUGUUGCAGAAGAAGCAGAAGAUGGAUCUGUUGAAGCUCCACCAAAAGCAGGAGCAGGAGAUGUUCCUCGAGGCACAAGAAGGAACAAAAACGACCGAAAGCCAACAGCAACAGGUACAGCAGAUUGUGCCCCUCAUUGUGGAUCCCAAUUCGCAGCAAGCGGCGGCGAUCGCGGCGAACCAGAUGUUCGUCACGCCGGCGCCCUCGUGCUGCAGCGACCCGAUCGAUGCCAACCCGAACGACCAGUUUGUGCCCAAGAUCCCGCCCGCCUACCCGACCGAGAUGAUUCCGCCCGCGGAGCC